AUCGACAACAAUCGCCGUACCGAGAAAACCAAGUCAGAAUAUUAAUAGCUGUCAUCAAUCAAGAAUUUAACUCCCAACACCGAAACUUAUUCUUAGUACAGUUUCAAUACAAGCAGUUCAAAGUAGCAAUUUCGAAAAAUAGCAUUCCACCACAAAGUAUACCGACAAGGAUAUUGUGUGAAAACAAAGUUCCAAAUGGGCUGCAGUAAUAAUUGUAUUCGUAAGAUGCAGACGAACGCCGUUCCUCGGACUUCAUGGGGUGUAUCGAACUUAACAGUCUUGAUAAUAGUGCUGGGACUAUCGAGUCGAGCUGGACUUGCUUCUGCUUUCUCUCCACCAGCACAAUUUUCACAGAAAUAUAGACCGAGAUCUACAAUAAGCUUGUUCAAACUCAACAACAAAGAAUUAUAUCCAAGAGCAACACAUUUGGUACGGCUCAACGAAAAAAAAGACGACGGAAAAGCAGAUGAAGAUACAAGUAUUCUGGGUACACCAGGUACAGAAAAUGGAGUUCCAGCUGAAAUAGAUUAUUCUAAAAUGAAACCUCAAGUCGUUCCUCAACGGUGGGUUCAACUCGCAUAUUUAAGCCUUCUGGCGUUGCUUAGCGAUUGGGUUUGUUUUUCAGUCGCUGCUGCUCCCUCGACAUUCGAAUCGAACUUUGGACACACUGCGGCCAGUAUUAUCGACAUCUUUCUAUUUACAAAUGUGGCUACGAGUUUCCUUGUUACGGACACAAUUUCAAAAUUUGGAUUACAGCGCGCCAUUCAAGGUGCUGCAGUCCUCAUGACUGCUGGAUGCUGGCUUCGUUCAGGCUUUGGAUUUUUACCGAUUGAUUCAUUCCGAAUUGGUGGUGUCGAAACGGGCAACAUCUUAGUUGACUACCCGCUCAUUGUUGCUGGGACAGUGUUGGUUGGUAUUGCACAACCUUUUUUCCAAUGCACACCCCCGCUGCUGAGCGCAAAAUGGUUCGCCAACAACGAACGAUCCACCUCCACUGCCAUCGCUUUAAACUUCAAUCAGAUUGGUAUUGCUACGGCAUUUCUGGUCGGAGGUGGAAUGGCGACUGACACGGUUGGUCUGGAAAAUUAUCUCGGCAUCAUCGCAUGUACGACCACUCUUGUAACGAUAGGUACUCUGUUGCAAUUUCAAAACGAGCCACCCUACCCACCAUCUUCAUCCGAACUCGAGAAACUAAUCAAAGGGGAAGAAGAACCGCCUUUUUUGGAGUCUGUUCAAAAGUUUUUUGCAACGAAAGGGUUCCCGCGAGCUGUAGCGGCCUUUAUUUGCAGUAUCAGCAUAACUAACGUUGUAGGAGUGAGUUUCAUUCGUGUGCUGGAAAGUCAAUGCUUUAAAAACUGUUCUUUCGGACGACGCGUCGGCAACGAAAAGACAUUUUGGAGUUAAAAGCCAAAAAUGGACUUCCCUCAUCAAUCUGGUUUUGAUUUUGAUCAACAUUGUCAUCCUUUUUCUACUUUGGUCCACGUAGACUUUCAUCGAUGAGGUAAUGGAACGCGGUGGUGUAACGGGACAGUUUCAAAUCGAUUUGGCUGGUGCUGGGUUUGAAUUAGCUAUUGUCGCGGGUGGGAUCAUCCUUGGUGGCUACGUUGACAAAACUAAGGAAUACAAAAAAGUCACCAUGUACUGUCUGGCUGCCACCGCCCUUUUGGUUCUGCCUCUGGGAUUAACAGAUCAUUACCUUGGACGGGAACCUUUUCUUCUUGUGUUGGCAUUGUUGGGAUUAGGUUUGGCAGCGGGCCCAAUUCAGCCAAUAAAUGCUGAAUUGGCUGUUGAGGUAACUUAUCCUGGGGACGAAACUGCAGUGGAAAGUGUUCAACAAAUUGGCGGUAACCUGGUUUCUGCGUUACUGAUUCCCUUGGCCGAAGCAGCUUCAGAAAAUGACUACACUUUGUUGCGAGGGGUACCCGGAUUAGAAAGUGAUAUACGAGGUGACGUCGUUUUACUCAUUGCUGUGACGUUUUUGACGUUUGCUUAUUUUUCGGGUUUUGACGCCCCAUUAGCAAGAACUAUAGCGGAUGAGUCUGUAGACGAAGAAAAUCUGGAUAUUGAUGUGAAAGAAGAACAAAAAAAGCAAGAAGGCAUUUUACUUGAGUCUCCUUCAGCUGUAGCUCUUCCUGUCGAACAACAGCAAUAAAAUCACAUCAAGAAUGUACAACAUUAUUAUUAGUAAAUGCUAGUAACUACUUACGAAUGCGAGAACUACUGGAAAGGACAAAGAAUUUUGUGUCCGUACCUCCUGAUGGGAAAAGUUUAAGGAUGCGGACUUUUGAUCCCUCGGGAACAUGUGCACCCCUACCAACCCAUAAACGGUAUGGCUAGAAUCCUUAUAAAGACGAAUAGUUAUG